AAAGAGUUGAAGCUCAUGCACUUUGCAAAGUGUAAUUUGCUAAAUUAUACAGAAGCAGUAUCCAACACUCAAUGACGUCAGCACAUCAAUGAUCAAAGCAUGAUUCUCCACUGGGAAAGGAAAGUAUAUAUAGUGUCGUGAUACACAGCUGAUGAGCAGUUGAAGGUAUAAAAGAGGAACCGCUGACCUAGCAGACCAAUUUGACUGUGAGAGGAGAAAAUGAAGAUAUUCACAGCUGUAACUCUGGUUGUCUUCCUGUGUUGCCUGGAGGUGGCCCUCUGCUACCCCUCAUGGCCAGCUGCAAAGCCUCGGGGAAGACCCCAGGGACUAUCUGUUGGAACACCAGGAAGUACUGGAGGAAACACUCUUCGACGUCUUGGAAAAACUCAGGGAAUGCUUGAAAAACCUAAAAGCCACGUGUUGAAAACGGCUAUAGCUCAGCAGGGUUACGAGAUACAAGAACGCUGCUAUUGUAUGACUCGCUGCAGUGGCCCUGAAAUUUCAGUUGACUCAAAAGACGAAUGCUGCCAGAUGGGGGGACGGAGUUACAGGAAGUCCAGCUACUUCUUCGACUACUGCUUUGAACCUUGCAACUAGGAGUUGUUGCGGAACACACGACUCUGAACUAAAGAGAUUGUUUUAGUUGAACUGUAGUAUUCUAGUUGUCACUGCUGCUGUAGACUGGUCACAAUAGAGCUUGUCAAUGUUAUAAUAAUAAAGUGUUGAAGUACAAACCCUUUGUGGAACACAUGACUGCGCAUAGUAUUUAUGUAUAUGCAUCACCGUAAAUUGAUGGGUUGGACAACACGCUGUCAAAUUCAGUAC